CAUGUUUAAUUGUGAAAGGUCUUUUAUUAUACAGCUUUUUAUGUAUGGGUGACAGGUCCCCCUUUAAGUACCUGCCUGUGUAAAAAAACUACAAUAACUACUGUAAACUCAAGCCAUCUGACCACAUUGCUACACUCCCGGUGCUUAUGCCAACUAGUCUUGUCUUGCUGUCUUGUAUUUUUACAGGGUUAGUGAGUAUUUGUCAUCCACUAAUUCUUGCCCUAUCCUCUGACACUUAUUGUGGCUGAUGUGGUAUUUGGGACGGUGGUUGAGCUAUUUAUCUCAUCUGUUCUUUUCUCUUACAGGCCGGAGAAAGCUAUAUCUUCCAAAUGAUCAUUAAUCAUAAAGAACAAUUGUUGGAAAUGAAUUCUAAAUGAAUUCUAAAUGUAAAAACAUCAGGAAUUAGUGAAUAAUGAUGGAUUUAUUCCUCUCUUUAGUCAAACAGUAUGCAUUGAAUCAAAUAAUCCUGUUGUUUCUAAAUUAUGAAUAUAAAUCACCAUCCAGUUUCUGAAGAGACACACUAGAAUGCAAUAUUUUGAUAUGGUGUUAAAAAGCAAUCUGCAAGUUUUAAUGAGAAAUAAUAUAUUCCAGUGUCAGUUAUGUUCAUGAUAGUGAUUAAACUGCUGUGCCAACCUUUGACAUAGCAACCCAUAGCAAUCAACUGAACAUCAAGUGGGGAACAGAAUUAUAUAAUGUUCAGCUGUGGUUUACCUUUCCCUGAACCUUGAGUAUAAAGUACAAUUGAUAGCUACAAUGCUUGAGUUAUAAAAAGAAACACAGGUUACCAGUGGGAAAGUCAGUAUUUUCUCCACCUGGUAUGUUUUAUCUCAAUAAACAAGUGACAGGUGGUUAUUGUAUAACACACUCAAUUUUGCUUAAUGUCCAGUGUAUAUAAGGAGCUAGAAAGCAAGACUCUUUGCAUCAGUUGGCAGGAUGAAGGUCCUUCUACUCUUGGUGGCUAUUGGGCUCUGCUCAGCCCAAUAUAAUCCUAACACUCAAUCUGGACGAACAUCCAUUGUGCACCUGUUUGAAUGGAGAUGGGACGAUAUUGCAGCAGAAUGUGAACGGUAUUUGGGACCAAAUGGCUUUGGAGGUGUUCAGAUUUCACCCCCAAAUGAACACAUUAUUGUGACAAACCCUUAUAGACCUUGGUGGGAGAGGUACCAGCCUAUAAGUUACAAGCUCUGCAGUCGUUCUGGGAAUGAGCAACAGUUUAGAGACAUGGUGACAAGAUGUAACAAUGUUGGCGUAUAUAUUUACGUGGAUGCCGUAAUUAACCAUAUGUGUGGCUCAGGUGGAGGUGCUGGGACUCAUUCAUCUUGCGGCAGCUACUUCAAUGCAGGAUCCAGGGAGUUCCCAGUUCCCUAUUCUAGCUGGGAUUUUAAUGAUGGAAAGUGCAGGACUGGCAGUGGUGAAAUAGAAAACUAUUCGGAUGCUAACCAGGUCCGAGACUGUCGUCUUGUCGGUCUUCUUGAUUUGGCACUGGAGAAAGACUAUGUUCGUGGAAAGAUUGCUGAAUUCAUGAACAAUCUUAUUAACAUUGGGGUUGCUGGAUUCCGACUGGAUGCUGCUAAGCAUAUGUGGCCUGGGGACCUAAAGGCUAUUUCAGAAAGACUCAAUAAUCUCAAUACAAAAUGGUUCCCUGCUGGAGCUCGACCUUUCAUCUUCCAAGAGGUAAUUGAUCUUGGGGGUGAAGCAAUUUCUGUCAACGAAUACUAUGGAAUCGGACGAGUUACUGAGUUCAAGUAUGGUGCCAAGCUUGGGACAGUCAUCCGCAAAUGGAAUGGAGAAAAGUUGUCCUACCUAAGGAACUGGGGAGAAGGCUGGGGAUUCAUGCCUAAUGACAGAGCCUUGGUGUUUGUUGACAAUCAUGAUAAUCAGAGAGGACACGGUGCUGGAGGAGCUUCCAUACUCACCUUCUGGGAUGCACGUCUGUACAAAAUGGGAGUUGGCUUCAUGCUGGCACAUCCUUAUGGUUUUACUCGUGUCAUGUCUAGCUUCAGAUGGUCUAGGAACAUAGUCAAUGGAAAGGAUCAAAAUGACUGGAUUGGCCCUCCUAGUAAUUCCGAUGGAUCCACCAAAUCAGUCCCAAUCAACCCUGACUCAACAUGUGGUGACAACUGGGUCUGUGAGCAUAGAUGGCGUCAGAUUAAGAACAUGGUUACCUUCCGUAAUGUAGCAGAUGGUCAACCCUUCUCAAACUGGUGGGAUAAUGGGAGCAACCAAGUUGCAUUUGGACGUGGCAAUAAAGGAUUCAUAAUCUUUAAUAAUGAUGAUUGGCAAUUGGAUGUCACUCUGAAUACUGGCCUUCCAAGUGGAACCUACUGUGAUGUGAUCUCUGGACAGAAGGAGGGAUCUCGCUGCACAGGCAGGCAGAUCAAUGUGGAUGGCAAUGGCUAUGCUAAAUUCCAAAUAAGCAACAACGACGAAGACCCAUUCGCUGCUAUUCAUGUAAAUGCCAAAUUAUAAAGUUCCAAAAACAUGAUCUCAUAUAAUAUACCCCUGCACUAUGUUAAGUGCAGUGACCUAAGAAAAAAACUAUUUACAAAUUUUCUAAAAUGCAAUUACCUAAUAAACUGAAGUGAGCUACCCUA